AUGUCUUUCCUUCAUAAUCAUUCUUGCGAGUGCGUUAAGUCAGAAUUGGAUUUGUUUGCACUACCGUCUACACAAACUAGCAUUGAAAAUGGAUUGUGGAUUCAUUAUAAACCAAUUUCAUCUCUUGGUGAUGAUGGACCUAUCGAGUUUCAAGUUCCUGGGACCGGCGAUGACUACAUAGAUUUGUCUCAUACAUUACUCCACAUAAAGGCAAAAGUAUUAAAUCAAGAUUCAACUAACUUGGUAUCUACUACAAUAGUAGCACCUGUAAAUAAUUGUCUGCAUUCACUUUUUAGUCAACUUGAUGUUUAUUUAAACCAAAAACUUGUAUCACCACCUAAUAAUACCUAUGCAUAUCGAGCAUACAUGGAAACCCUUUUAAACUAUGCCCCUGCUGCUAAACAAUCUCAUCUUACUUGUAGUCUUUGGUAUGAGGAUACAGCAGGAAAAAUGGAUUCUACAGAUGGUAAAAACAUAGGAUUUGUUAAAAGACAGGAAUUGAUUAGUGAAAGUAAGGAAAUAGAAAUGAUUGGUCAUCUUCACGGUGACAUUUUUAACCAAGAUAAAUUUUUAAUUAAUGGUGUUGAAAUGAGUGUUAAAUUGGUUCGAUCAAGAGAGAGUUUUAAUUUAAUUGUUGGGUCAAACGAUGUAAAGUUUAAAGUUUGCAUUACGGACGCAACUCUUAUUGUUCGACGAGCACGAAUUAAUCCAAGUGUAUUACUCGCACAUCAAAAAGUUUUAGCUUCUACCACUGCUAAAUAUCCUAUUACUCGAGCUGAAGUAAAAGUUUUAACAAUUCCUUCGGGUGUUCAAGGAAAAACUCUUGAUAAUAUAUUUUUAGGACAGGUACCGAAAAGAUGUAUAAUUGGAUUUGUGAACAAUUCUGCAUUUAAUGGUUCCCUUACUAAAAAUCCAUUUAACUUUGAAAACUAUGGUAUUAAUUCUUUCAGCUUAUAUAUUGAUGGUCAACAAAUACCUUCAAAAGCUUUGCAACCAUCUUUUAAUAAUAGCAUAUUUACAUCAGCAUAUCAUACUCUAUUCUCGGGAACUGGUAUUCACUUUCUUAAUGAAGGAAAUGGAAUCUCUUGUGAACAGUAUGGCAAAGGUUACUGUCUAUUAGCAUUUGACUUAACUCCUGAUUUAUCAGCUAACUCAUCAACUCAUUGGAAUCUCAUAAAGCAUGGUAGUGUAAGAAUAGAAGUACGAUUUGAAUCCUCAUUAAUACAAACAAUUAACUGUAUAGUUUAUGCUGAGUUUGAUAAUAUUAUUGAGAUAGAUAAAAACAGAAAUGUUACUGUAGACUAUAGUAGUUAA